AUACGUCCAUCAUAGAAUGCUUAACCAACUAGUGAACUCCUUCAGGAAUAGCUUAAGUUUUAAUAAAACAUUACAACAAAAUACACAGCAGUUGAGAUUUAGAGGUCAACUCGCACCAAGACGGACAAAAUAUCGUAAAAGUCAUAAAGGCAGAGUUGGCUGUCCUACAGGUGGUAGUACAGCUGGUACAACGUUAGCAUUUGGUGAAUACGGUUUGAGAGUAAAGCAAGGUGCUAGAUUAUCAGCAAAGACUUUACAAUCUUGUGAGGAAUCAAUCAAGCGUAAAAUAAAGCCAUUGAAAGGUUCACAAUGCUUUAUGAGAGUUUUCCCAGAUAUCCCGGUUUGUGUGAAGGGAAAUGAGACUAGAAUGGGUAAAGGAAAGGGCACCUUCGAGUUCUGGGCCUGUAGGGCAACACCUAACAAGAUUAUCUUUGAAGUUGGCGGCGGUGGUAUGCGUGCAGAAGUCGCACAAGAGGCACUUCGUCUCGCUCAAGCUAAAUUACCCGUAAAGACUGAAUUCGUUAGAUUGAGCGACCCGCCAAAAUUGGGAAACACAUACGUUGCUCACCCACGCUCUAACGCCGGUCCAGCAGGUCCAGGCAUAGCAGACAGUUCAGCAAUUUAAUUUUGUAAAAAGAAUUUUUAUAGACACAAAUCGUU